AUGGUGACCACUGGUCAAAUUUGGAAUCCAUAUGAAACAUAUCCACAGAAUAUUUACAUUCCUUCACCAUAUCAAGGAUAUAAUGGAAAUUGCGCACAUAUGAUAAUAACUGGACUUCCUUGCCAGCAAGCUACUGGACAGUGGAACUUAUAUCCAAAUUACCAGCUUCAACAACAUAAUAUGCAACCUUACAUACCAGAAGUGAAUCCACAAAUAUUCAUGCCGUAUAGUGGAAUGACUUCAGGAAUAAAUCCUCGAUUGCCAUCAAACUUUAUUGAUCAGAUUAUGAGUAAUUCAAGAUUUGCAACUGUAAAUACUGCUAAUAAUAUGAACGACUUAAGUACAAAAUUACUUGCAGCAAAUAUUCUCAACGAUAAAAACCGAUUUGAGGUUAAACGAUCAAAUCAAUAA